CGCGCCGUGACGUCACUCGGAGGCUGGAGGAGGAGGACGCCGCUCCGCCGCCGCCUCCCUCGGACCGACUCCUCUCGCUCCUCCUCGGGCUGCACGAACCCCGGCGGGAUGGAGCCAGCGGGCGCGUACGGCGCCGGGAAGGCCGGCAGCGUCGCCUUCGACCCGGUCGCCUUCUUCACGCAUCCCCGGACCAUCCUCAGGCUCAUGUCGUGGGUUUUCUCCAUGGUGGUGUUCAGCUGCAUCGUGAACGAGGGCUACAUCAACAUCGGCAGCGAGCGACUGCUCUGCGUCUUCAACAACAACUCGGACGCCUGUAACUACGGCAUCACUGUGGGCGUGGCCUGUUUCCUGGGCAGCAUCUGCUUCCUCGUCCUGGACGUUUACUUUCCCAGCAUCAGCAGCAUCAAGGACAGGAGGCGCGCGGUGAUGCUGGACCUCGUCUUCUCUGGCCUCGCCAGCUUACUGUGGUUCGUCGGCUUCUGCUUUCUGGCCAAUCAGUGGCAGGCGACCUCCGCGGACAAGCUCCCAUUGGCCCAGGGCGCCGACGCCGCCAGAGCCACCAUCGCUUUCUGCUUCUUCUCCAUCCUCACCUGGGCUGUGCUGACGCUGAGUGCACUGCGGCGCUUCUUAACUGGCAGCAAGACAAACUUGUUCACAUGGCAACACCUGGAGACUGGCCCCGGCAACGCUCGAGCCACACCGUAUCCCAUCACCAACGGCGCUACCAUAGUAACCACCAAACCCUAUCAAGCGCCGCCCUUCACCGAAACUCUGGACCCCCAGAAACUCACACAGCAGAGACCCAUGGCUCCGGCCUUCUGAGAGAAAGACGGACGGACAGAGAGAGAAGACGGAGGAGGCGUGAGUUGUACGCCGCCGCACCUGGACAACUUCCUGCCUCGCUGUUUUGUGGCUUUUCGUCCUCUCUCCUGGGAUCGACGGGAUUUUGCGUCAUGUGAUGUAUGAUCUAUUUUCACCAUGGCAACUGCUGGCUGAGCUUAGUUAGUUGUUGCUCUCUGUGUCAAGAAUACUGUCUUAUGUUCCUGCACACACACAGAUAUCGACGCACGCAAACACAGAUUUACUCACUCACUACCCAGAAACAGAUAUACCGUGUAUAUGGAAACACAUGUAUAUAUACCUGGAAGGAGACACACACACACACUCAAACACACACACACAUGCAUGUUCAUACGGUGAAGUGCAGAUUAACAUAGAUGUGAUCAGUAGAUCAGUGGCGACGCUCCACCUGCCUUAUUAUAUAGGACACAAGGUCUUCAGUGUUGGCAAAAUCUGGAGGACGGUGAAGCUCGGCUAUCUCCUUCUGUUCGCCCUCGGACAGUCUCACCAAUCACAAGCUGCCCUGCGGUCAUGUGGCCUCCCAUUGGCCGAAUAUUGAGACAAAUGGGCAGCGUGGCCAAUAGAUUGUGAGCAAACGCGUCGGGGCGGGGUAGAACUUUGCAGAAAUUGGUACCUUUUCUUAGCAGGGAAAAUAAAGACAGGACAGCUUAAUGCAUUCUGAAUGCUGUAGUGUUUCAGUGUGAAAUAUUCAUGUGAUUAAAUAUUUUAUUGUGAUAUGCUGAAGUGGUAUAAUGAAAUAUGAAAAAAAAUAAAAAAAUCUAUCCACAACCACUAGCAGA